AUGGCAUUUCCAUCUCACGGCCCUACCGUUGACAUAGAUGAUCAAGCAGCAUGCGGAUGCUCCAUCUCCCAAGCAACCGAGCCCUUGAGCAAAUUGAACCUCGAACAGACCCGCUAUGCUCUUGCCCACGACAUCCCCGAGGAGUUCCAUCAUCCACGAGUGACGCAAGGACAUCUCUGUAGCAUCUGCAUUGAAAUGUUGUCCGUGUUCGCCUUGACUGGCGAAGGUGACGGCAAAGCGUUUGGUCAGCAUCAUCAGACGAAAGACAACCUUCAAGCGGCCGUCGACGAGUCUUGCUAUAUUUGUAGGACUCUGGACAGGCAGUUGAAAGAGUUUGCCCGGGUUCAGUGGUGCGUCACGCCGCAGGAUCCUAUGACUGCGGAACAUGUCUCUUCUUACGAUGUUGAUUUCCGUACCUAUGAGCCCGAUGGAGCUGUUCGGCAGCAGAUCUCUUUUGUUGUGAGAAGACUGAUAGAAGACACGCCCAUGAUGCGCACUGCUGCGCUGUCAAGAACUUGGGCGUCUACUGGAAGUGAGCAUGCGAUAGAUCUAGUCAAGAUGUGGCUGCAGCUGAGCAUCGAUGGGCCCAAGACCAAGGAGAGAGACCUCAUGGGGCAAGACCUCGUUGGCUCAUCUGUCCAUGACCAUUGGUUCCCAACUCCCAUCUUGGAUGUAUCAGGAGACAAGAUGCGUCUCAUCGAGUCCUAUUAUGCCAACAGGCAGAGACUGUACGCUACCCUCAGCUACUGCUGGGGAACGACGCCUUUCUUGCGCUUGACACCUGAGACUAAUGCUCAAUUACGGGCCGGCGUCGACAUAGAGACCCUCCCAAUCCUCUUCCAACAAACCAUCAUGAUAGUCCAGAGCCUUGGAAUCCACUAUCUCUGGAUCGACUGUUUCUGCAUCAUUCAAGGCCAAAGCCCUGAAGCGAUUCACGACUGGCAAAUCGAAGCCGCCCGCAUGGCGCAGGUAUACUCUCACGGCUUCUUCAACAUAGCAGCCGACGAAUCUACAACCCCUUUCGAGCCCCUUCUCCGACACCGACAACAAUCAGACGUCGACCCAUGCCACUUCUCAUGGGAGCCAUGGGUUUGCCCACGUGGAAUGUACCGUAUCGAAGAGCAGUACGAGACGGCUAUGACUCUGGUACGCGCCCACCUUCAUACCAGAGGCUGGACGCAUCAGGAGCGACUUCUGUGUACGAAGAUGCUGCACUUUGGCGCUCAUCAAGUCGCAUGGGAGUGUGGAAACGGGAUCUGGAACGAGACGUAUCCCGAUGGGCUGCUCCUUCGGCAAGCUGGGAGGAGAUUCAACAUUCCCCAUGCAAUUGGCAGUGAUGAGUUGUAUGCGGAGUGGAAGGGGGUGAUAAGCACCUACAGCGAGCGGGCGUUGACAUAUCCGGAGAAAGACAAACUAAUCGCUGUGGCGGCCAUGGCACGACGGUACACCGAAGCCUGCGAGGACGAAUAUAAACGACAGGGAUACGUCGCCGGACACAUGCGAAGUUCGUUACUAUUCUCCAUGUGCUGGCAAACUGGCGAAGAGGCGAAAAGAGCGCAUCCUUGGCGAGCGCCUUCGUGGUCCUGGGCGUCGAUUGAUGGACCACUAGCCUGGGAAGUCGAGUCAAUCGGUUGGCACUGGGUGAAGAGUCUGGCUGAAGUCGUGGAAGUCCAUCUGGAACACUCGAUACCUGGCGAUAUAUACGGGCCACUCAAGGCAGGGAGUCUACGUUUGAAAGCAAGACUAUUGGGACACCCAGGCGCUUCUCCAUGUGGCAAGAUCGAGAGUAUAGACUUGGAAGACUGGCUUGUGCAUGGGCUGUCCUUCCAACUUUCUGUCAGCGUGGACGACGCUCCUGACUUUCCAUUGGAUCCCUCGACAGUAAAAGUCUUACCUCUAGCAUUCUGCUCCAAGAAGAGCAAUCGCAUUCGUCCAGCUGGCGAUCGCAAUAUCUACGGUAUCCUCGUCGCGCCACGUGCAUCCACUGAACGUUGUGAUGACUCUGGUCAGUAUCGGCGGCUUGGGUUCGCAAGGUUAACUUGCCAAGCAAAGGGGGAGAAGUCCAUGAGAAGUGCUGAAGUUGAAGACAGGGUGCUUAACGCUAUUCAAACGUUGCCUGAACAUGACCUGGUUAUCGUAUGA